UUUAAUAAAAAUAAACCAGUCGACAUUGGAGUCAUUAAAAAGUGCAUCUUGACAGCAGGUACUUCGCCCAGCGGGGCUCAUACCGAACCAUGGACGUUUUGUGUAAUUCAAGAUGCACAAAUUAAGCGCAAAAUUCGUGAAAUUAUCGAAACCGAAGAAUACUUGAACUACAAACAACGUAUGUCAAGACAAUGGACAGCUGAUUUACGGCCUCUCAAAACCGACUUUAUAAAGGAAUAUCUAACUGAUGCACCAUUCAUAAUAUGCGUAUUCAAACAAGUUUAUGGAAUUCGUUCAGAUGCAACGAAACAACGACAUUAUUACAAUGAAAUCUCCGUAUCGAUUGCAACUGGCAUAUUGUUAUGUGCACUAAAUGCCGCCGGAUUGAAUUCAUUGGUGACUACACCACUGAAUUGCGGUCCAGCCAUUAAAAACUUACUGAAUCGUCCUCAAAAUGAAAAGCUACUUGUUCUCUUACCAGUCGGUUAUUCUUCUGAUGAUUGUCUUGUGCCAGACCUUCAACGAAAACCACUCGAUCAGAUUAUGAUCACAUACUAAAUUGAUACAACAAAAUUAUUCGAACGAUAAAAAAGAGUUAGAGAGAGAGAGAAUCGGAAAGUAUCUGUCUCGUAUAAAAGGCACAAACAUUUAAUUUUAAAAAACACCCAAAUAUUGCCUUAUAAAUGAUUAGGUGUACGUAAAAGCGUUUUCAUUUUUCUGUUUAGUUUUUUAUUAUCAUUAUUAAAAUGUUCGAAAAAAAUGCCAAACAUAUUACGGUAAAAUAUAUUUUUCAUUCUCUAUAGAUAUGUAUAUUUUCAUUUCGUCUAAAAAAUGGAGUGAAAAAAGUAUAACUUGAUCGAAUGGUUUACAUGCACGAGAUAUAUAUGUGUUUAUUAGGGCGGGUCAAUUUUUUAAGAGGUCUGGCUUAACGA